AUGCACGGUGAGCGUUAUGUCAUUGCCGAGGAGUAUAUGGAAGUCAUGUACAAGCUGUCGGAGUCUUCUUGGCGUGACGAUGCAGUUGUCUAUGACCGCGAGAGGGGUAUCUUUUCCGACCCAGCACGAGUGCGAGAAAUCAACCACGUUGGGAGAUACUACAGCGUUCCAGGUCCUCAUAUAUGCAAUCCCACUCCUCAAAGAACCCCUGUUCUAUUGCAAGCUGGCACCUCCAAGGCAGGAAAAGCAUUUGCCGUGAAACAUGCCGAGGCCGUCUUUGUUUCCGGUCACUCACCUGAAAUGCUCACCCCGAACAUUGCUGACAUUCGGUCAAUGGCACAAAGGGAAUUUCACCGUGAUCCUCGGAACUUGAAGUUUCUCGCUCUCGUCUGCCCUGUAAUUGGCCGAACAGAGCAAGAAGCCCAUGAGAAACAUCGUGAGUUCAUUGGCCUUGGAUCACGGGAAGGUGCCUUAGCAUUGUUUGGUGGCCGGACUGGAAUUGAUCUCAAAAGCAACGGAAUCAGGUCCAUUGUUGAGGGCUGGUCGAAGUCCUGUCCCGGGGUGGAGAAGUGGACGAAGAUAACAUUGGCAGAGCAAAUCGUUGUUGGCGGUCUCUGUGCUACCAUAGUUGGCACCGCAAAGCAAGUUGCUGAUGAGUCAGAACGAUGGGUGGAGGUUGCAGAUUUGGAUGGUUUCAGCUUUUCUUAUGCCAUCAAGCCGGGAACAUAUACGGAAAUUGCAGAGCUGCUUCUCCCGGAGCUGCGCCGUCGAGGCCUUUUCUGGGACGAUUACACCGUCAAAGGAGGAACAUAUCGCGAGAACUUUUACGGCAUCGCAGGAGAAAACCGACUGCCCACAGAUCAUCCUGGAGCCAAAUAUCGAUGGAAAACCGGGGUAGAUGCAGCCGAUUAUAAGAUUCCGGACAGCUAA